UGUUUCGCAAGUGUAGAGAUUUUCAUUGGUCAAUUGCAUUUGACGUCAUUUUUGAUCAGCUGAGAGAGCGGUCAUUACAAACGCAGACGAUGAAAGCUUGAUUGACGAUGAAGCACCGCAGCAAUAAAGUGAAUUUCUUGUCGUAUUCUUCACAUCGUAAGAGAAGAGGCAAUCGGAGGAAAGUGAGGGAGCCGUCCAAAAGUCUGUCAACAUCAACAGUGACCCUUCCAGGACUUCAUGAACAGACUGAUGCCUCAAGAAUGGAAUUUGAUGUCUCUCAAAUGUUACUUGAUUAUAGUCUUGGUGAUCACAUCCAGGAAUUAGAUCGCUCAUCAUCAUCUUCAGGCAGUAUGAUUCCAUUCAUGGAUGCAAGUUCUUGGCUGGCAGUGGCUGGAGAAAUAAGUCUAACCAAGCUGCCAACUACUCUCUAUCAUGUCUGUAAUUGGUGGAAAACGAAAGUUAAUGAGAGCCUGGAGUUUGCCAAAGAUGUAGUGUUUCCAUCUCGUGUCUACCGUAGGGAGCUUUAUGCCACCCAAGAACAGAUCAUUCUCCUUCAAGAACAACUUCAGAGAAUCACAGAAGAGAUGAAAUCAAAGAAAUCAGCGGAAAAUACAUCUGCAGCUUCAAGUUGCUCCCAUUGUUGCUGUCCACUGCACAGCCCUACAGCAACCAACCCUAUCGUAGGGGCAGUAGACCAACCUUCUACUAUCACACUGCCACCAGGCUCUUCAACUCUACCAAGUGUGCCGCCGCCACUACCACUGCCACCACCCCCACCCCCACCAGCAACACUUAUGCCCCCACCUCCCCCUCCUCCCCCUCCCCCUCCACCAGCAGUUGUUCCUCCUAAAGACUGGAGAAAGGACCUACCCAAGAGAAAGAAAAGCACCAGCAAUGAAAAUAAGGAAGCGAAUAAAAAUCCUGCUAUUUCCUUGGAUGACAUCAAAGGAGUGAAACUAAAAAAAGUGGAUAGGACAAUUAAGAGGUCUAAAUCCUCAUCUGGCAGUGGGCCUCUUGUAACGUUAUCUGAUCUUCAAGCUGUGCAACUCAAAAAAUCUUUCAAGUCUUCAACUCAGUCCCCUCAAAUCACAUCUCCCAUGAAUCUGAGGAAAAGGUUAUCAUUAGAGGCAGUGGACUUCAGGAUGUCUUUGAAGAGAGUUGGUUUGCCGAGAAGUCCAGGUGGCACUCCGUUCCGCAUGAAACCGACUGAGAGUGGGGUAGGGCUUACUCCUAUAAUGACCAGGGCUCUCAAGAGGAAAUUCAGGAGUGUGACUACUCCUCCAUCACCUUGGAGCAGGCAUGCCUCACCUAGCAGUAGUGAUACAUCACCAUUCACACCACCAGGUAUUAGAUUCUGAGACUAAACACCAUCAAGACGUGACUACAUAUCAGGCUUGCCUCAUCUAGCAGUAGUGAUACAUAGCCAUUCACAGUGCCAGGUAUUAGAUUGUGAGGCUAAACGACGACUUCCAAAUGAAUAUUUUGUGACUAUACAGCAAGCUUUCCUCACCUAGCAGUAGUGAAAUGCCACCAUUCAGACUGCCAGGUGUUAGAUUGUGAGACUGACCUUCAACCCCUCCAUCAUUUCAGAUGAUUUUACAAUGAAAAAUCAAAAUCAGUUGUAACUUUCUAGUGUAUUUCUGCACUUCGUAGAGACAGGUAGACAUGCCCAUGCUAAAGUACUGAGAAGUCUUUCUUGUGCUGACUACUGUACAUGUUUGAUUUGAGGACAUAUGAUUAUUUUGGUUAUAGGAAAUAGGGUACAGCGGGCAAUCUGCCUAACAGUCACAUAUAGGGGAAGGCGGGGUAAGUUGAGAAUAGGGGCAAGUUGAGCCACCACACCCAGGCCAAUAAUGAAUGAGUCAGACAUUGUGGUGGUGUCAUGUAUUGAUGACCCAUUUCAUAACCCUUUUCCCAACCAUAUUGUUUUCGACUUUGAAACAAAAAGUACUUUUUUCGACGGAAAAAUACAAAUUUCAGCC